AUGCGAGCAUCACCAUCCCACAUCAACACGUCGUCCUUUUCACACCGAGGCAACUCAUAUAAAUUCGCAAAAAAGAAAAUGGCUUCAGAUUCGAUACAUGAUCAUCUGCAAGCCAUCCUCGGCCCCAUUGCCUACGCUCAACGCAGCGCCCUCUGCACAUCCGUCCUCCCCACCCUCAUCUCAACCCUCGCCGACAUCAGCAAGGCCCUCCGCGGCGCGCACUCCGUCGUCGCCGUAGGCAGCACCAACACUUUUGGCGACGAGCAGCUCAACGUCGACGUCGCCGCCGAGUCGCUUCUCCGCGCCGCCCUCGCCCGCUGCCCUUGCGUCGUCACCGCCAGCAGCGAAGAGGACCCCGUCGAGCGUCCCGUCUCCCACAUCGUCCCCGUCCCCACGCAGCAGCAGCAGCAGCAGCACCGCCGCGAGGAGGUCUACUCUGCCGCAUUUGAUCCGCUCGACGGCAGCUCCAUCAUCGGGCCCGGCUGGGCCGUCGGCACCAUUAUCGGCAUCUGGGACGGGCCGUCGGCGCUGCGCCAGACGCCCCGCACGAAGCAGAUUGCGGCCGUGCUCGCUAGCUACGGCUCGCGCAACACGGCGCUCGUAGCGCUGCGCGUGCCCGGCGCGGCGUCGCCGGCCGUAUGCUUCGAAGUUGGUCUGGGCGACGACAGCGCCAGCGCGCCCGCGGUCGUAACGCGCGCCGUGGUGCGCUACCGCGAAAGCACCACGGCCGCAGCCGCAGCCACAGCCACGACUCCGCGGUACUUUGCGCCGGCGAACCUGCGUGCAGCGUCCGAGGCGCCGGCAUACAUGGCGCUCGUGCAGCAUUACAUUUCGGAGCGGUACACGCUGCGGUACAGCGGCGGCUUGGUGCCAGACGUGGCGCACGGGCUGGCCAAGGGCCACGGGGUGUACGUCUCGCCGGUGACGGGGGGGAGCAGGGCGAAGCUGCGCAGGCUGUUUGAGCUGUGCCCCGUGUCGAUGGUGGUGGAGUGCGCGGGCGGCAAGGCGGUCGACGCGGCGGAUGGGUCCGACGUCUUGGGGAGGGCGGUUGAGGAUAUCAACGAGACGGGCGGGUUGGUCUGUGGAAACGCGGACGAGGUUGACUUUGCUGUGCAAAAGCUGUUGGCUUGA